UAGCCAACUAUGGGAUGAGCAACUCCCGAAUCCCGAAACUGCCGAAAGUCCGAGAAGCGACCAGAAAAUCGGAGUGAGCAACGAAGAGUGCUUUUCUCGUUCUACGAGUUCAGUUUGUGAGCUGAUCCCGUUGGUGAAGUCACGUCCGUGAGUCUAACGUUUCGUAUCCGUCGGGACACGGCAGUAAGAGCGAACUAGCACAAGAACUGUGUUCGUUGCUAAAUUUUCGCCACAAUCAUGAGUGGAGAUGACAACCCGCGAAACCCCAAGAAUCUUCCGGCUCUGCUCAACUACUGUGUCCGGAACACGGCCAACGUAGACGCACCGAGUUCAUCCACGGCUUCGAUGGAUCCUGAGAGGCGGAAAUGGCUGGAAGAGGCAAUGUCCAACAUGAUGGUCUCCCCCGUCGAGGAAAUGCAGAAGAACCUGAAUGUGAUCAAGGAAACACUGAGUCACCAUCGAGAGAGUGCCGAACAGGCGCCGACCGAGGAGGCAUGCUCCACGCUUGAGUCUGCCCUUGAGAGCAUCACCGAAUACGUUGGUUCCAUAGACUACGCCAAGGAUUUCCAUAAGAUUGGUGGCUUUGACGUGCUCGAGGACCUGCUUUGCUUUCCAAACAGUGGAGUUCAGUCAAAGGCGUGUGAGCUGGUUGCCGAGCUGGUACAGAACAACCCUUACUGCCAGAAACAGGCCGCACGAAGUCUCAAGUUUCUGUUGGAUCUUGUGGAUGCCACCCAAGAAGCUGUCCGGCUGAAAGCUCUGUACGCUGUGUCGUGUCUUGUGCGCCACAAUAUUUUGGUGUACCUGGAGUUUGAGAAAUUGGACGGCUUCUCAGUGUUACUGAGGGCGCUGCAGUCGGACUCGCUGAGACUGAAAACCAAAGCAGGCUUUCUGCUUUCAUCAUUGUGUUCCCAGCAGGGGAGAAGCAGAGACACGCUCAUCCGAAUGGGCUUUGUGGAGCAGCUGGCUGCAAUGCUUCGACAUGAACCAGGCCCCCACCGCGAGCACCUGCUAUCCACUCUCGACACACUCGUGAGUGUGUGCCCUAGUGCACGCAGUGAGUGCCGUCGCCCCGAGCUUCAGCUGGAGGACACACUCCGCACUGUCCUGGCUUCAAGCCGUGGCUGCGAGGACCAGCGCGAAGAACACGACCACAGCGCCCACAUCCUGGCCACGUGCUUUGCAGACAGUGGAGCUGGCAGUGACCAUGUUGAGAUGGACAGGUAAAAGCAGGCCAGCCAAUCGACCAAGCAUGUGAACUUAUGGGCGAAAAAAUUCAAGGGGGGAACUGCGAUGUGAGGGACGCAACGUCAUCACCACCUAUGGUGUUUUCAGUUCCGAGAUAAAGGAAUGCUUCAUUCGU